UUUCAAUUUUACGUUACCAAUGUUAUACAUAAGUUAUACAAACUCCUUGUUAGUCAAAGGACUUCGCAGAGCCAGUUUAGAUCUUAUUCGAGGAGUUUCCGAUUCUGACGUUAGACUUUGGCAUCUUCAUCGCGAUCUUGAAAGACUACUUACGGCUUAUGGGCCCGAUGCAAUCUAUCUCUAUCCGCCACUUACCAGUGUCCAAUUGAGCUGUAUGGGCCAAUCAAAACAAUCAAAAACAUUAAAAUCCGAACAAAAAUGUUUCUACGAACGAAAACGGACUGCCUUCCUAACAAUUGCUCCUCUCAAAACGGAAAUAUUAAGUAUAGAUCCUUAUAUAGCAAAACGUAACAGUUAUUAA